AGGGCACCACUCAAGCUCUACUUUGACGGGCGUGUGGUCAGCCUCCUGGCUGUACUCAUCGCACUUGGACAGGAGGCCUGUAGUCGCCUGGGUCACUCUAUCUCGCAGUUCUCAGUGUUUGUGAUUGCGUACAAACUAGGGAAAGAGGACGGCAAGUAUUGUCACUUGUUUUCGGCAGACGUUUCGGCCGAGUUUCUCGACAAAUUUACUCGACCGAACAAGUCGCCGGUCGACUGUUCUAUGGAGAUUCAGUGCAAUCGAAUCAGCAUGGAACCGGAAAACACAUUCUCGGAACGUCUCUCGAUGGCGAUCUGUCAGGAAAGAUUGAACGAGCGUAGAAUGCUUGAUUAUGCCUGGAGAGGGGACCUGGCGACUGACUUACAUGGGAUCAAACUGAGUUGA